AUGGAUGGGUUUUACCCCUCGGCAGGAGGAGCGGGGCAGGACCAGCUCAGUGCCACCAGCUGGGCAGAACAAAGCCACGCCCCGCUGUCCCUGAGGGUGGUGACAGCCGCCUGCCUGUCGCUCCUCAUCCUCUGCACGCUGCUGGGGAACGCCCUGGUGUGCCUGGCCGUGCUCAGGUUCCCACACCUGCGCUCCAAGGUCACCAACCUCUUCGUGGUCUCCUUGGCUGUGUCCGACCUGCUGGUGGCCGUCCUGGUGAUGCCCUGGAGAGCUGCCAGCGACGUGCUGGGCUUCUGGCCCUUCGGGGCUUUCUGUGACCUCUGGGUGGCCUUUGACAUCACGUGCUGCACGGCCUCCAUCCUCCACCUGUGCCUCAUCAGCGUCGAGCGCUACUGGGCCAUGGCCGAGCCCUUCCGCCACCAGAGGAGGGUGACGCAGCGCCUGGCCUUCAUCACCAUCGCGGCAGCUUGGCUGCUGUCCCUCCUCAUCUCCUUCAUCCCCGUGCAGCUGCAGUGGCACAAGGACCGGGCGCUGCCCAGCCCCGAGCAGCCGGGGUUUAACGGCUCUGCGGAGGAGGGGGGCUGCGAGCCCACCCUCAGCAGCGCCUACGCCAUCGCCUCGUCCCUCAUCAGCUUCUACAUCCCCGUGGCCAUCAUGCUGGGCACCUACGGGCGCCUCUUCCGCCUCGCCCGGCGCCAGCUCCGCGGGAUCUCCUCCCAGGAGACACCGGGCAGCGGCGACCGCCCUCGGGGAACCUCCCUGAAAAACUCCCUCAGGAAGGAGACCAAGGUGCUGCAGACCCUCUCCAUCAUCGUGGGCGUCUUCGUGUGCUGCUGGCUGCCCUUCUUCGUGCUCAACUGCCUGGUGCCCUUCUGCGGCCGCGAGCCCCGCGUCCCGGGAGCGUCGCCGUGCGUCAGCAGGGCCGUGCUGGGCACCUUCACCUGGCUGGGCUGGGCCAACUCUGCCCUCAACCCCAUCAUCUACGCCUUCAACGCCGAGUUCCGCACCGCUUUCGCCUCCCUGCUGGGCUGGGGCUGCCUCUGCCGCGGCAGCGCCGUGGAGACGGUGACCUUCAGCAACGAGCUGGUGUCCUUCCACCCCGACACCUCCGAGCACAGGGCUCUGCAGAGCCUCAGCCCGCCCCAGCUGCUGCCCCACGCCGUGCUGCAGGUGGAAAACCCCGCGGUGGCCUUGGAGAGGGUCUCUCCUCCCCCUCAGAACGCCCUUCCUGGGUGUGGGAGGAUUCCCCCUCUGGCCAGCAGCGCCUUCCACUGA